CGGUGACCUUUGCCCCGGAGUUUCCGGGCGACCCCGCUGACAGGUGAAUGGAUGUCGUCACUUCCUGGCGGAGAUCCCGCUGCAGCUCGCGGGCCGGACUGGAUCUGAACGAUGACCGACGGGGUCAUGGGGAAAGCGGCCACCAUGGAGAUCGCCAUCAACAGCAACGGUGAUAGUGCCGAGCUGCCCGAGGACGACAGCCUGGAGCAGGACCUGCAGCAGGUGAUGGUGUCGGGCCCCAACCUGAACGAGACCAGCAUCGUGAGCGGUGGCUACGGUGCCCCCGCCGACGGGAUCAUCGCCACCGCCUCCAUCAAAGCCGAGCUAGAGGCAGUGCAGCUCCCGUGGAGGGACAGGGCAGUGACAGGAACUAAAGACGGAAAAUCCCUGUUCAGUCUCAUUCCGAAAGUCAGGAUUUGCAAAGCUAGGUCCAGUAACGUUCACCACUCCCAGAGCAACCCCGUCUCCACGGGUAACGAGGCAGCGCGCGGCAUCGCCGGGGAGAAGUUCGACGUGGUGAAGAAGUGGGGCAUGAACACGUAUAAGUGCACGAAGCAGAUGAUCUCGGAGCGGUUUGGCCGGGGGUCGCGAACGGUCGACCUGGAGCUGGAGACGCAGAUCGAGCUGCUCCGCGACACCAAGAGGAAGUACGAGAACGUGCUGCGUCUGGCGCGGGCGCUGACCGGUCACUUCUACAGCAUGGUGCAGACACAGCGCGCUCUGGGCGAGGCCUUCUCUGACCUCAGCCAGAAAUCCCCAGAGCUGCAGGAGGAGUUUGGCUACAACGCUGAGACCCAGAAGCUUCUGUGCAAGAACGGCGAGACUCUGCUGGGAGCGGUCAACUUCUUUGUGUCGAGCAUCAACACGCUGGUCAACAAGACCAUGGAGGACACGCUGCUGACCGUCAAACUCUUCGAGAGCGCCCGGCUGGAGUACGAUGCCUACCGCACGGACCUGGAGGAGCUGAACCUGGGCCCACGUGACUCGUUGACCUUACCCAAGAUAGACCUGGCUCAGCAGCUCCACUCGCUGCACAAGGACAAGUACGAACGUCUACGCAACGACGUCACCAUCAAGCUGAAAUUCCUGGAGGAGAACAAGGUGAAGGUGAUGCACAAACAGCUACUGCUGUUCCACAACGCUGUGUCCGCCUACUUUGCGGGGAACCAGCAGCAGUUGGAGCUGACGCUGAAACAGUUCAACGUGAAGGUGAAGGUGCCGAGCUCGGACAAGCCGUCGUGGCUGGAGGAACAGUGAGGGGGGGGGGGGCGUCCACAUUAAACACACAAACACACA